AUGAAAUACGUUGCUACUGUAAUUGCUAAAGGUGAUACUUUAAACCAACAAGUAAUUUCUCAGAUCCAAACCGAUCUAACAAAACAUUUUGAAAUUAAAGAUGUUUCAAUUAAAAGCAUCGAUAAUAAAGCUAGUGAUAUUUUCUUUAGCAUCGAAUAUUCCUCUGUAAAUGUCAAAGAUACCUUCCAAAAAGCUCAUAUUUUCGAUCAAUACAACAAUCAAGAUAUCAAUUUGAUCAUUCAACCUGAUAAUGAACAUCGUUUUAAAAAACUUGUUGUGUUUGAUAUGGACAGUACAUUAAUUUAUCAAGAGGUCAUUGAAUUGAUUGCCUCCUAUGCUGGCGUAGAACCUCAAGUGAAAGCCAUUACUGAUUUAGCCAUGAAUAACGAGAUCGAUUUCAAAGAAUCACUUUCGAAACGCGUUGGCCUGCUAAAAGGGUUGAAGAUCGACACCCUUUAUGCAGUUAUUAAGAAACAAUUAAAGAUCACUAAUGGUGUUGCUGAAUUGAGUCAAUUGCUAAGGGAAAAAAACGUAAAAUUGGCAGUUGUAAGUGGUGGGUUUAUUCAAUUUGCAGAAUAUGUGAAAAAUGAAUUGAAAUUUGAUUUCGCAUUAGCCAAUGAAUUAGAAAUGGAUGGAAAAACCGGUGAGUUGACUGGUAAUUUAAUUAAUAAGGAUUCCAUUGUUGAUGGUGAAUGCAAGGCUAAGACUAUCAAACAAUUAUGUGAUGAAUACAAGAUUGAUAUCCAAGAUAGUUUAAUGAUUGGUGAUGGUGGCAAUGAUCUAUUAGGAAUGAAAACUGCAGGGUUUGGGAUUGCAUGGAAUGCUAAGCCCACUGUUCAAAUCCAAGCACCAUCCAGGUUGAAUAGUAGUAGUAUGUAUGAUGUCAGGUAUAUUCUUGGAUUGUAA